CAGCAGCAGCAGCAACAGCCGGCCUUGUUGGCGACUUGUGCGCCUUCGCUCUCUCUCUCUCUCUCUCUCUCUCUCUCUCUCUCUCUCUCUCUCUCUCUCUCUCUCUCUCUCUCUCUCUCUCUCUCUCUCUCUCUCGCUCUGCAGCGCUCGGCUUUGUGUGUCGAGAGUUGUCGACGGCUCAGUCUGUCUCGCGGCCGGAGCCGAGUCUCAUCGGCCAGUUGUAGCUGCGCCUAGUGUCGCUGCCGUCAUACACGUGCCGAUAAUAUACUUGCCGGCUUCGGGCGUAAAAAAAAAAAUAUAGUGUGGCCGGAUUGUUGUUGUACAUUUUACCGAGUGCGUAUGUGCGGCUUGAUCUCCGGCUGACCCUUGGCUGUAUACGGGCUGGAUUACUCGAGCUGACAACGCUGGGAAAAGCUUUUUUCGGAGUUGAUGAUCUGCGGCCCCAGCACGACCCAGAGACGGAGAGAGAGAGAGAGAGAGAGAAAGAGAGAGAGCGAUAGAAAAAAUUAGAAGAGGAGCAGUGACGGCAGCAACAGCAGCAGCAGCGGUGGUAGUGUAGCAGGAGGAGGAGAAGGAAGAGAAGAGAAGAGAAGCGAAGAGAGAUAGACAGAGAGAAGACGGAGGGGCGAAGCCGGGGAAAAAGUGUAAUACGCCGAGCCGAGUGGAGCAGCAGCGGGGCGCACAUGCUGAGGAGACGAAGAGCGAGGACAGCAGCAGUAGCAGCAGCAGCAGCGUCACGGAGACAACGACAGCAGCAGCACAACUGCCGCAGCCAUGAGGCCCUGGUCGAGCAGGACCGCCGUGCUGGGCAGCAUUGGACUCACCCUCAUACUUCUCGGGGCGGCUGUUUACUUAUUGCGGCAUGUCCUCUUCCACGGCAUCAUUCGUAGCGCACUGUCAUUAUCGCCAAACUCGAACAGCUAUGAAAUGUGGAAGGAUACGAAUAAUCUCCAAACCCAUUUGGAUAUUUACUUUUGGAAUUGGACGAAUCCAGAAGAUCUCAUGAACUCCACGAGAAAGCCAAACCUCGUUCAACUAGGACCAUACAGCUUUAGAGAGAGGCGAGAAAAAGUGAAUAUAACGUUCCAUCCGGAGAACAGCACAGUGAGUUACAUGCAGAAAAGAACGUGGUUUUUCGAUAGCGAAAGAAGUAAUGGCUCAUUGCAGGAUACAGUGUUGCAGCUGAACGUUGUAGCCGUGUCGGCAUCACACAAGAUUCGAUACUGGCCCUACAUGAUACAACAAAGUCUGUCAUACUUGCUCAACCAGUUCAAAAACAAAAUUUACGUUGUUAAAACUGUCGACGAACUAUUGUUCACCGGUUUCGAGGACAAAAUCAUCACGAUGGGACAGAUGUCCGGCAUGGAUGAAGAAGCUCCACCUUUCGACCGGUUCGGUUGGUUUUACAUGAGAAACGGAUCUACGGAAUUUGACGGAUAUAGUAACGUCGGAACUGGAGUAGACGACAUCGCUAAUCUCGGAAAAUUGAAAUUGUGGAACUACAAGGACACGACAAAAUACUACAAAAGCCCUUGCAAUGCGAUCGAGGGAAGCGCAGGAGAAUUUUGGCCGCCGUAUAGGACGAAAGAAGACAUUCGCCUCUUCACGCCCGAUAUAUGCAGACCAGUGACCUACGAAUACGAGAAGACUGUCGUGCACAAGGGUAUCACGGGCUACAAGUUCUCGAUGGGCAAAAAGACUUUGAGCAACGACACGAGGCGACGUUACCCGCACGAGCAGGCCAAGUACUUCGAGCCGACCACCACCACGGAAGAUUUCUUCGUUGUCGACCCGACGACGAUCAGACCAGAGGACGAGGACGACGAUCCGGACGUGGUGAACGAGGGCCAGUGCUUCUGCAAUGGCGAGUGCGCCCCUAUGGGUGUCAUCAACAUCACGGCCUGUCGCUACGGCGCCCCGGGCUUCAUCAGUCUACCUCACUUCCACAAGGCAGAUCCCAUGCUCAGAAAUCAAUUCACCGGCCUGAAUCCCAAAGACGAGGACCACAGCUUCUCGAUAACUCUCGAGCCGACAACCGGUCUUCCAAUAGACGUAGCGGCUAGACUGCAGGUCAAUAUUUUAUUGCAUCCGUCGAAGACAGUGUCAAUGCUUAAAGAUGUUCCUACAAUAUACUUCCCGAUGUUCUGGUUCAACAUGAGGGCUGGAAUCCCAGAUGAUUUGGUUGGCGGUUUAAAGCUGCUUCUAAAUCUGCCAAAUAUCACGAUGUACGUGGGAUUAGUGCUGAUGCUCAUCGGCUCGCUUGUUCUAUUUUGCGUCGCUAUAAUGUGUUACGUAAAUAAUCGACGUCGUUUGCCACAGCACAAGACUAGCAAAGCAGACAGGUCGCAGAAAAAGACGGAGAUGGUGUACAUGGACAGAUCCGGUGCCAUUGAAGAUGACAAAUUGACGGAUGGGACGCCGAAAAAGACAGAGUUGGUGUACGAGGACAAAUCCGGUGCCAGUGAAGACGGACAGACGAGAAACGAUCGUCGGCUAUACCCGAAACUUUCGUGAAAAAUUAACGAGAAAAGUCGUUAAUUUAUGGGAAAAGGCGCUAACUGUAAGGCAACGAAACACUCCCGCAUUUCACCCAGUUUCUCGCGAAGCAUCGAGUUUCAAGUGAGAAGCGGCGCGUAGGUGUAUUUGCCCAAAGUAUAGUCGUGUUUGUACGGCAGACGUACACUUGUCGUACAAUCAAGAAAGAAAGAAAGAGAGAGAGAGAGAGAGAGAGAGAGAGAGAGAGAGAGAGAGAGAGUGAGUGCGUGUACCAGAAAAAACGUCCCUCUGCUUUAAUGCGCUUAGAAUUAGUCACAUGACCAUCGCCAUUUCGUAAUUAUAUAUUGAGGCUGUUACGAUGUUACUCUAAGGUGUUAAUGGAGAAAUAGAACGAGUCAGCUAUGUCAGCGAAACUUUUUGCCAUAAUACAGCAAAUACAAUGACGAUUUGACAAUAUCAAAUACUCUCAAAAACUUGAUAAAGAAUACUUUUAUAAGCCAAGUCUUCAAAAUCAUGGCUUCUAUUAUCGCCAGAGCAUAAAGUCAAUAAUUGGUUAACGUAAGAUCAAUACAACAAAGUGAUAAUAUUAUAGAAUAGGUUCAUAGUGAAAGAACUUUGGUGAUUGCGGACCAAUCGUAACUCGAGAAUCGACGAAUUCUCUCGAGUACUCAAAAGUCACACAGCAGGCGUGUGACCAAGUUGUAUCUGUUUUUUUUUUAAUUUAAAUAAGAAACAUUAAGUCUAGAUCGAAUAUAUUUUGUUUUGCAGUUAAUUUUACUCAAAAGUAAGGCGAUUAAUACAAAGGAAUGUAAAUAGCGUCCAAAUGAUUAUCCGAAAAAAUGGAGUUUGAAUAAAUGAUAAAUCUAUAGUUCAAAAAACGAUACGUACAUUCCUUGUUGUUCAAACGCCUUGUAUGUCUUUUAAAUAAUAAACGAUUAGAAAUGCAUAGACUACGUAAGUUAUAAACGAUGUAGAAUGUAUAUACAACCUUUUGCGACUCUCAUUGACAUCUGAAAAUUAUUGACCAUCACAUAAGAGAAGGAUUAUCUUCUUAAGAUGCAUUAGAAUGCCAAAGCUGUGACUUUAAAAUUGAAUUAUUGACGUAAAUUAUACAACAAAUAUUUUUUAUAUAAAUCCUCAUCUUCCAGUACGUUUUUAAACUUUUGUACAAAUGUAUGAAUACAGCAGUAUUUCAAUUUCAUAUCAAGGUAUAAAUACGAACUUGUCACAGUUCUGCGAAAAGCGCCAAAAACUACGUAUGUGUAGGGUACGUAAAUCGAUUAACUUUACAAAUGUUCUUUACGUGUAUUGAAAAAACAAAUUUGCUAUAAGAAAAUGUUGAAAACCUUUAGAGGAUGUAUCAAUUUCCGGUCUGAAAGCUCUUUCGAAGGACUCGAUCGUGCCUUGCAUUUUUAUAAACACGAGGUCAAUGUCGUAUAUAAAUUUAAUAUGAAUGACUCGUCAUUCUCAGCAACGUGCCAUGCCAUUUUUAAUAUUAAGUUAUACUUCAUCACACUAACACAACCUAAAAUUUUAUUUACUUUGCUUGCAAGAAAAAUACUCUGAAAGCAAUUUGUCAUCAUUUUUUUAUACAAUUAUCUGUAUAAAUUUGAUAUCUUCUUACUAUACAUCUCGAAAGAAAUGUAAGCGAUUAUGUAGUAGUUAAAAGAAUAAAAUAACGUGGUUAAAAUAUAUGUUUCAAAGUAAUUGAUUCCGUAAUUUUGUUAACGAAUAUAUUGAUUAUAUAGUUUAUAAUAAGAUAUUGCUAUUUUUUACAAAUUUGUAACAUCGUAAGAAACCAAAGCACUAUCAUCAUUUCAGGUACGUUAUCAUUCGUUAUUGUAAUUUUGUUAUAUUGUUUAUAUUCAACUGUGACUAUUUUCUUGCGAUUAUCGUUUAAGAUAAUCGCGAAGAAAAUAUUACAAAAAUACUACAUGAAAUACGUAAGACUUUUAAAAGAAUAAGAUAUGAAAUAUUCAAACUGUAUAAUAUUUUAUAAACAACAAAAUUUGUAUUUUCAAUAUGAGAAUUUAAAAAGAACGGUUUUCUGCAUAAGAUUUUUGUAUUGCUUAUAAUAAAAUUUUACUAUUU